UUUGUAGAUCAUGACUUCAGUCUUGAAUUUCCAAGCCGUCAGAAGUCUCAAUCAGCACAUUCAACUGUCAGGAUAAAUGGAGACAAAGACAUCGAUGCUCUCACGAUAUGCUUAUGGUUGAAAUCGUCCUUGAAAUCGGAUCUUGGACUUCUACGCUAUUUUGAUGAAGCAGGGUCCGAUGUAUAUUUUGCCUUGAGGCUGGGUUCUGGCGGGCAGAUAUGGCUUUCGAUCCACGGUGAAGACAGGUAAUAAACUUAAAUGUGUUUGCCACCUAUACCUUGUCACAUUAUUUUUUUUUUUAAUUUCUUUUUUUAUCAUUCUACUCUCCGAUUUAAUCUUUAUUUACAUUGGGUAAUACUCGUGUGUAAGUGCAUUAGCCCUGUGCUAUUAUUGGAAAUUCCCUUGGACUUAUGUCAGUUUCCGUGGCAAUAGUCACUGUCUGGCUCUUUAUCUUCAUCUUUUUUUAUCAUUUAUUUCUUGGGGGAAUGUUUGGUCUUCGUCUUUAAAAACAAAUUAGCUCGUCAUGGUUCAGACAAGGGUACUCCAGUCAAAGUAAACUUGUCUGUGUUGAUGUUGCUUGUGGCAGAAUUUUCAGUAAUUGUCAGUAUUGCAGAAUUGUCAUGAAUUUUAUACACAUAUAUUGUGUUAUUGGAGAAAACGUGUUUUCAAGACUCAAAAGUUUAUGAGAGAGCCCAAUUCAUAAGCUGUUUUACCAACGCACUAAUAAUCUAUUUUAUAGUAAAAUGCUAUAGCUGAAAUGCUUCCUGUAAACGGACUACAAUUAUUUCUCAAAUUAAAAUACAGGAAUUAACUCGAUAAAAAAUGGUUUGCCCUAAGAGUGAUAUAAAAACGGCUACAAAGGUAUACAGAUGUCUCACAAAAAAAGUAUCUCCCUUACCAAUAAAUAUAUAUAUUUUUAAUAUCUCAGUCAUAUCUAGUUAGGUAUAGCAAAGGUCGUAGUGCAAUUUUCUCCAACGAUUGAAAUUCUCUAACCUUUUUUUUUCUUAUGUCUUAUGUUCAUAAUGUGAAGCAGAGGAAAAUUGACAAUAAGCUGGUUUAGAAAAAUUUUAAUUAAGGACUCAUUUACUUUCCUGAGAUGAUUUUUUCUCGCUCAAAAGAGAACUAGAUAAAAUGCCUCAUAUCCAGAACGGCGAAUGGCAUGGACUAUGUGUCACGUGGAACAAAGAUGAUGGCCAUUUUCUGAUUUACUACGACGGUCGGUUAAUUAGAAGUGAAAGUGGUUUAAAAUCCGGAAAAUCGUUUUCCUCGAAUAAUACCUUUACUUUGGGAAUCGGAGCCGAGGAAAAGUUUAACUACACUGGCAUGUUAGGGCAUGUAAAUAUAUGGUCACGCGUUUUGGAGCACCCUCUCCUUUCAGCUCUGUCUUCCAAGUGUGGGGUCGAACGCGGAGGGCUUGUUUCUUGGCCUCGGUUCCAGAAGGAUCUUCGUGGUGUUAAUGUGGGAGAAUCUUGUUCUUUUCAUGGUGAGGGCAAACACAGUUAAUAGCUCCUGCUUAGGGAGCACUUGAUUUAACGUAAGGGUAGAGCUGGUGACUUGCAUUAUUUCUACCGACUUCCCUUGCAUAGUGAUGUCCUCCUCCUAAGUGAAAAUGCCAAUGUAUCUAUGACAGAUCUUGACAGAAAUAUAAACAAUAUACUUCACUAACCCAAAACGCUUGCACGAUAAAUGUUUGAUCUUCAUGAAAAGAAUUCAAGUUAUAAAGAGAUGUUACUCGAUUUGUCACUAACGUCCUUACGAGAAUCGGUCCCAUUCUUUCCGAUUCCGUGCUUUGUGUUUAUUAAAUUUGUUAGCUUGUCAUUAAAAGAUUUAACAGCUCCUUUGCUCUAUUUUAGAAGUUAAUAUAACGCAUGACGUGAAGCACUGGAAGCUUGAUGGAGAGGAUCAAGAUCUGAAGUAGGUUUUCUGAUAUAUGCGAGCUUGACGUUAUCCUAUCGACGUUGUAGUCGUAGCUAUUGACACCGCAACAAUCUUUAUCAUCAUAAUGAUAAUCGCCAUCAUCUUCCUCAUAAUUUUCAUUAUUACCAUGAUCAUUAUCAUUAUCAAAUCAUCUUCGCCAUCAUCUUUAAACGCGAUGUCAUUGUCCUCUCUAUUUCCCUCUUCUUUCAGAUCCUCUUUCACCUUUGGCUGCCUGUUUUCCAGUCCUUCCUCCUUACGUAACCUUACUCUAUCUAACUUAUAAACGUCAUUUACAAAUCCUCCUCUUUAUCCUCGUUUUCUUUCGUAUCCUUCCCUUUGCCAUCGGUGGUUAUUUUGUUUGGUUAAAUUUUUUCAAUUUGCUAUCUCGCAAAACUAAAUGUUCGAGGGGACAUCUGCAUCACCAAACUGGCACUUCGGUGUUAAUGCAGAGUGAAUAUUUCUUGUAUUUAUAAUCUCUAUUUUUCUCAUCCGCCAAGGAAGUUUACAUCUUAACCAAUUUUUAUGGUGCUGAUUAGUUUUUAUGUUUCUCUAUAGCCCGCAGUAUAGCACUGUAUUCUUGGAAGGUCGCCUUGAUGGCCACAAAGCUGUUUAUCUUGAUCAAACAAUGGCCUACAUUAAAGCCCCACCCAUUUCCUUUGGCAUGGCGUUCACCAUUACAUGCUGGGUAAAACUUCUUUAUUCCGCCCCGAUCUACAGACCAAUUCUCAGUGUCGAAACAAACAGCACAGAUAAAUUUUCCAUCGGCUUUGAUGCUGAUAAUCAGCUACUGCUCGACAGUUGGUCCCAGGGAGAUUACAACAUCACGAAAAGCUAUGCCUUACGAACGAACGAGUGGAUCCACGUGACUGUAACCUGCAACCAAGAUAGUGUGUUGUCGUUUUUUGUCAACGGAAUGAAGAAUAUAUCUGUAGCUGACGUAUGGCAGGGUCCAGGAAGCGGCGCGUUCGAAAUAGGCAGAUACAAAAAUAUUAGUGAAGACAAGCAUCGGUACUUUCAUGGUUUUCUCAGUGACCUCUUUGUUUUUUCGAGAGCUUUGAAUGCAGAUGAAAUCGGACGAUUGAUGGGUAAGUGAAACUUGUUUGAAUGUUGUCGAGAAAAAUACCUCCAGGGCAAACGAACGGCGCUUUAUAAUCCGAUUACAUUAAGUAGAGUACAAACAACGUGCGAAUCGGGUACAAAUAUCACACAAUACUUGGACAGUUGGCCAUUUUGCACUUUAAAAGAAAUAUGUUUGACUGGUCGGUUGAGAGCGCUGCGCUCCUCUAUCAGCUUCGAUUUUCCUGUCUUAUAAUAAGUUCACAUAAGCAGUUGGAUAAUAGGUUAUGAGACGUUUUGGUUUCUAGUAUUGCUGAGUAUUUUUUCUCGUUGCUUGUAUUUUUACGCUGACUCUCUAGCUACAAAUUAAACUAUGGCGAUAUUACACAUAGGAACGUUUAUUGAUCUAUUUAUGCACGAGCGACUAGGAAUAUUGCAGCUCCCCCAGGAUGGGAUACCAGUUACCUGCAGGUUUCCCCUGAAUUUCGUCAGACUUCUAAGACAGUUUGCCACCACCAAUUCAUAUUCCCAAUUAAAGACAGGCAUUGUGAGGGCUAGGACUCUUCAUGCACAAAUUAUUCUUACGGUAAUUAUUUUUAUAUGCAGCAGAUGAAGUGAGUAAUAACUUUGAUUCUUUCAUACUCUCUUCAAGGCUAUUCGAAUCCGUGUACUUUCUCGGAGUGGAGCUCUGAUGCUUUGACACCGCAACAAACACCACAAGAGAAAUUUCGUCACAAAUAUUGCCCAGGUAUUGGGGAAUGUAAAGAAGUGCGAAAGUGGAAACCAGGUUUGUAAGAAUAGAACCUACUCUCUUUUUUAUUUUUAUAUUGACCCAUGCCUUGGAUAAUUUAAUAGAAAACGAAGGGUGCCUGAACGUGCUAGAAAUAAUUUCAAGCAUUUGUAUCAGUUGUUUUAUUUACGCGUCACAAAUUAACGCGAACACGAUGAUUUAUUGUUCGCGAUAGUGUCACUAUAGUGUCGGCCGACUGGCCAGCCCGAUAAACUGUCCGCCAUACUGAAAAACUAACUGACUGACUGACUAAUAGACAGAUUGACUAGCUGGCAGACCGACUAAGUAAAAACUUUCCAAAUGAAUGAGCUGAUCGAUCCAUUGAUUAUUUAACUAUUAAUAUACGUAGGUCAGGAGGUAGAUCAGGGUGCAGUUGUCACGCUUGAUUUCUUUUUUUUUUCAUUGUUAUUUUAUACACAGCUGACUGUCGAGAAGUGCUGUUGUCGGGAAAUAAGACCAGUGCUAAGUACGCUAUAAGCCCUUUAAACAACCACGAAGAAUUCGAAGUUUUCUGUGACCAGGAAACGCAAGGUGGUGGCUGGACAGUCGUUCAGCAAAGACUUAAUGGCUCACUGAGCUUCGAUAGAACAUGGGAUGAAUACAAAGCUGGUUUUGGAACGGUGGGCGGCAAAUCAGAAAUGUGGCUGGGUAACAAUAGAAUUCAUAGCUUAAUGACCCAGAAAACUGAACUUUUGAUCGAAUUGACAGCGUUUGAUGGAACUGAAGGAUUUGCCUACUACAGCCACUUUCACAUUACUGGUGAGGAUCUUUGGUAUAAGCUAUCUGUUGGUGGUUUUUCAGGGAACAUUCCUGAUAAACUAGAAUUGCUUAACAAUUUAAACUUUUCGGUGACUAAAUGCGGAGCUGCAACUUCAUCUUCGGGUUGGUGGUUCACUCCUUCUUGUGGCGAGGCUCUGUUAAACUCUAAGUAUGGAAAUGAAACUGGUUCUAUGAUGUGGAGUGGUUUUCCGCAUACUGGCGCCCAUAAAGGCAAAAUAAAGAAGACCACAAUGAAAAUAAGAAGGAAAGAAGGUAAAGUGUUAUUCGAAGUUAGAAUUCGUGAUAUACUUGUCACACUUAACUGUUUCUGUUUUGAAAUAAAGUCUUUAGCCUCUUUUGGCUAAAAUGUUAAAUUCCUGGUCAUGUUCGAUCUAGCCCCGCCCUCACUCUGCAAAUUAUUUCAUUUUUAACAAAUUCUUAGGGUAUUCUGUUUUUAUCACAAACCGGACACCAUCAGCAAUGCGUUCUCGCUAGCUUAUGCAAUGAUUAGCCUAUUUUAAUUCAUUUCAUGAAGUGUUCAGUCGAAGGUACAUGCAUUUACUGAGAAAUCUAUUCUUUCUUUUCAGAUCAUUUUGGAGACUACACUCUGAAGUUCUCAGAGAGGAGAGAAACCUUAAGCACCGUCACCUUUCCAAUCAUUUUGACAGAGUUCCAAGCCUUUACCUUAUGUCUCUGGUUAAAAGUGCGACCUCCAACAGUUCCUAGACAAAUGAAUCUGCUACGAUAUGCAGAACAGGAUGGAAACUUCAGUAUGGACUUAAGAUCCGAUGACAAGGAAUAUAAGAUCAUUUUAUCAAUUUGGCCAAAGUAAGGAAAAAAUUAAUUAGAAGUACUGACAUAAUCCAGUAAAACUUGAGGUGAGGAGCAUGUUUGCUCAUCUCCUAGACAUAAAAGGGUUCAAAUUAGUUGGGAGUCGAGUGUCAGUGUAAUGGGAUGCAACUAUAGCCAACAUGAGAUUGAUUCGUGUUACGUGCCUUCCCCCAUCCUGGAUUUUGAUUGGAUAAUAGCACAAUGUCGCGGAAACACGUGGAAAGAAUUUGAAGGACAAAAGAAAGGGGGGUUGGAGAGUAAAUUGUAUAUCGCCAUCACUGUUAUCAACGUAUUCGUGACCGAAACUUGGUCGUUAAAAUUGACGAUAAAUUAAGACUAGGCAUUGGCGAAAAAGUCACGCCGAAUACAAAGAGGAUGAUACAUGGCUGCAUGGAAUUCGAGUGCUCACGAGUAAGCAAAGCUUCUGCAGGAAGUGUUUACCCAUGGACCUCGUUAAACAGCCCAGCCUAUUAGAAGUUUCCUAUACCUCAGAAGUAGAGCGUACGAACUAAAUUCAGGGCCAUAGGUUUGACUCUUUUUGGGAACACUCGAAGUUCUUUUUCCAAGAGUAUCAGGCCUGUGUUAUUUAUUUAAUAUUGAACACCAUGCUCUCCUUAAGUUUUCUUUAUCAAAAAUGUAUUUUAUACGAAAAAGUUGAAUUCAACCUGAAUAGUGUUCUUAGUUCUUACCCUUCAGGAAUUGUUAAACCGUUAUUUAUGUGAAAAAAAAGCCGUUCUGUUGAUAAACCUGGUAAAUACGAAAGCAUCCAUGUCUGGGCAUGUCAGGAUAGAAAAUGUUUAUUUUUACUGUGUGCGUUGAAGAAAUCCUGUUUUGACACAGGUGAAAUUGUGUUAUUUCGCCAAUAUCGUCAUAUUAAAUCUCGAUAUUUGCAGCACCCAAAGGUUUAAUGUACAAGUCAAAUAUCCUUCUUUGGAUGGAGGCUGGCAUCAUGUUUGCACAUCCUGGACUAGCGUAGAUGGACGAGGUGCAAUUUCCAUAGACGGUUCUCAAACGUCCUUCCUUGGCAUUGGUAACGGGACGAAGUUCACUGGUGGUGGGAAAGUUUUCAUUGGAAAUACGCAUGUCCUAGACCCCCCUCAACUAGACGGGGAGAUCACAUACAUGAAUUUAUGGGAUAAAGUACUGUCGAAUGCUAGCAUCGAAAAUCUUGCGCUCUCUUGCAGCGCUGAAGCUGGGAACGUUCUACAAUGGAGUCUUUUCGCAGCCAUGUCGGUGGGAAAUGUACAGGUCGUUCCCUUUCCUGCGUGCAGAGCAAAAGGUAUUAAUUGUUCUUAAGAGCAUCAUCAUAGUCUUUUUAUGUAACACUUACAAAUACGCGCCACUAACGAAGCAAAUAAUUAGACGUCGGAUAUUUUUAUCUUCGUUCUUCUUUAAAUCAGAAAACAAUCUGCUUCCUUUUACUCUCUGUAGCUUAAAAACAUUUGUACUUAAGAACAGUUCCACACAGACGCCUAUCCAUAGUAAGCUCGUUUUUUCAUUACAUCUCACCCCUGAGAAGUGUACUUUUCAUUGUGCCUCUUUUCUCAAAAUCACAGUGAAAGUAUUUGACUCCAGAGUCACUUGACACUGAGAAUGGCUUUCAUUCAGAUAAUAGGAUCUCUGUUCGGGGAUACUUUUACUACUAGGGCGGACAGUCUUAAUAAUAUGUUUCUCUUUUUUUUCUUUCUUUCUUUCUCUUUUGUUAGCUGUUUUGUUUUUUUUUUCCUUUGAGGCUUUCUUCUUCUAGUGAAUUCGUAGAUAUUCUGAGAAAAAGCUAAAGAAUGUCAUCUGAUUUUUCUAAUUAAAAUUAUUUCUUACGCUAUCUUCCUUUUUUUUUUGUCUGUUCUAGAGAUGUAUUACUGGAACUUUAGCAACUCAAGUUCCUCGGAAAGCUUCGACAAGAACAAAAAUCACCGCGCCGAGUUAACUGGAGCCCCAAUAUCAGCGGACCAAAAGUAUUUUGUGAUCGAAGAUCAAGGAAAGUUUCUGGCGGAGAAUUUGAGCUCACACCUCAGUGGUGAAAAUGGAUUCACGGUUUCAUUCUUAGCCCGGCAGACAGGUAGGUUAAAUCAGUACCAUUUCAUGCCAUGGCAAGUUGAACGUCACAUAUGCAUCCCGGAAAGAGCUUCAAAAUUCUUUAAAAAAUGUAAAUGCUUGUAAUCAGUCAGAACUCCUUUUAAUCUUAAUGAAAUUGAUCGAGGAUACCUCUUAUGGCCAUUUGGCAACUAGCGACUAAUGAUAAUGGACAAAAAAAGGGAAAAAUGUUUACAAUAGAAAUAGGAGACAUAAGACAGACAACCAUGUGAACGUGAGGAAGGUAAAGCCGAGUGAAUUCGCAGAUGACAUUCUCUUAAAAGGGAAUAAGAAACUGUGUUACUGCGUCAGUGGGAGAUAAAACAAGAUAAUUGUUUUUUCGACCGGGCCAGCGUUAGCCCUUCGUCAGAGCGAAGAAAUCCAUAAAGCCAAGCUGAAUUGGUGUUGAUUUCCAUCUAAUUUAUGUAGCACAUAUAGGCGACACAUGUUUUUAGACUUAUAUCAAAGCCAAGUAAAGAAAAACAGAAGUGAAACAAACCUUAUCUUAAAUUGCUUAGGACGCAUAAUGUUAAAUUACAUCAAACCUCCCCUUCAAACUUUGCGUUUCUAACUUUCUCCAAGAAGUCAAUCCUAGUUAUCGGAGACAUUUCCGCGACCUGGGGAUACCUAAUAACGCUAGCUUGGGCAACAUUCGAGUCUUUUUUCUUUUUUUACUGUAAUUUAUUUAUAUGGUUGCAAGGGAACUUCCUUUAAAAUCUUGAUGUGUUUUCUCUAUAAUCUCUUUCAGUUUUAGCCUCAAACAUACUUAAGGAUGACUUUAAAUCUCUUGAGGUGCUCCGCAAAGCAUUUCCUGAUUUUAUUCGUGACCAUGCAACGUGGAAACGUUGUUACUACGCUAACCAGUCAUCCUGGAACACUACAGAAUUUCACACCGAAUGCGAUUACAAGGGACCAACAUUAACUAUCGUACGUGUCCGAGAAUAUGUUUUUGGAGGCUUUGUUGACCAGAGUUGGGGAGGUAGGCAUUCUCUAAUAAUGUUAAAAUCUUUUUGAGGGUCAGUACUCCAUAAGUUGUGCAGAAACUCAGUUUGGGGUGAAAGCCUAAAGGCAUUCUCGUAACGCGUGUCGUUAAUGCAAACGAGGUCGUGUGUGCCGUGUUUUACAAAGCAGUAGAAAGGCGCACGCAGCCAUAUCUGAAGAGCAAAAUCAUCUGUUAGACUAAUACUAUUCGCUUGAAUGGAUCAACAAAUUAAUAUAACCUUAAUUAGACAAGAGCGUGCGUGCACCCUUUAAUUAACAUCUUCCAUAGCAAUCAAGUACUCUGGAGAUAGUUUUAUGAUUGUUAAACGAUUUAUUGCCGAAAGAUUCUAAAGAAUGUUUGAAAAAAAAAAUGUUUAUGAUGGAAAACGAUUAAUAUAUUAAAAAAAACAUUACCAAUCGAUAUAGUAAAAAAAGACCAGAUAAAACGCUCAUGCUUUAUCAAAUUGUGUUUUCGUCUUGUUCUUAGGAAAACCAGCAGAAAUUGGACGUCAGAUAGAAGGAUUCCUGUUCAGCUUGUCAAACCCGUUUAACCUGGCCCCUCUAAUCCUAUCAAUCCAACAUGGCAACGCAUCCGGAAGAACAGAUCCACUGCUUGGUCCAAGUUUUGGAGAGAGGGAACUUGAGCUCUUUGAAGAUAAAAAUGGCCGAAUCAUGGGAUACAGCAGUUUAGGGGCUUCUUUCGGUCUGAGGGAUAUUUCAUUGUUUUCCUAUGAAACUCGUUAUUACUUAGCGGGCUCUCAGCAUUUUUAUCCAAACCAAGUGGAAGUUUUUUAUUACCAUGGUGAGUUAGUGCUGAAAAGGUAUCCUAAGAUUAGUUUUGUUGCUGAGGAAACUUCAGGAACACUCUGAGACCUCGUAGAAUAAAAGUCCCGAUAAAAUUAAUCGAUUUAAGCCUUUAAAUUUGUUGGUUUUUGUCUAAUAGCCAUUAAAGAUGGAUAAAACAAAAAUAUAAAUGAGCUCGACUUUCUUUAUGGAUAGCCAAUAAUCAGGUAAAAACUCAUUUUAUGCGAGUUAGGGUGACUUGAGGCUUAAGAUAAGUCGCGGCAAUAUCGUUCAAUUUGUUCAUAAAAUCAAAUGAUACGCGAACUAUGGCCGAUGGCUCGUGACCUGCGCUACGCAACUGUUGCUUAUGAAAGUAAAUAUUUCGUAAGGCGACUCGAGAAAAGCUUGAACAAAAUAUGAAGCGACUCACGGAAAUUUGAAGCGACUUGAGAUAAGCUAAUGCAUUAUGUGUCUCUCUACCUUUAGUUCCUUCUACGCCAUUAGGUCUAGAAAAUCAAAUAUUACCUGACAACUACCUGAGUAACUCAUCACAACUCAAUAGCAGUACUGGUCCUUAUCUUGCUCGCUUAAACGAGCAACGCGACUCGAAGGCGUGGUGUUCAACCGGCCCUAAUGAAUGGUUGGAAGUGUUCUUGGGAAAACAAUACACUUUGACGCACGUGGCUCUGCAAUCGAUUGGUGGAGGCGUGGACGUAUCGGAAUUGAAAGUUCAGUAUGAGAAUACUGAGGAUGGAACAAAAUGGACAAACUAUAGCAAGGAGAUUGACGGAAAAGAAAUUCCUAAGGUUUGCUUGUUGCUGUUCUUGCAGGGUUUCCAAGAGAAAAUUGGCUAUCUUUUACUGCAGACUAUAAGGCCUCCUACAAUUUGUCACGGAGACACAGGACACCAGCGGUCUACCACUCGCCAUAAAACCUCUUGCUGCUGUCUGCUGAGCCUGCCCGAAGGCUCUCCUGUUUCGGUUUCGCCUAAAAAGCUCCUUUUUAGCCCCAGCUGCCAACGCUCUUCAAUUUUUUCCUUUUUUUUAUUUUCUUGUCUCUCGUCUGAGAUGGCUUCUCUCUUUUAGCUUAAAUGUAAAUACAUGGGGAGCUUUGAAAUUGUUACAGGAUUGAUUUAGUUUUGCUUUACCUUUCUAUUAUCUUUCAGGAAAUUAAGCUCAAACCAGCCUCUCUACCAAUUAGAGUCAAAUCUAAAACCUACUGAGUCACUAGCAUUUUCUAGCGCCCCGGGUGGUUCAUUUGUAUUUAAUUUGACUUCUUUUUGGUUCGUUCUUACUUUUGUUUUGUUUAAUAGGUUGUUCUUGCGUUCUUCCAAUAUCACAUCUGAAUUAUGGGGCCGGUUAUUUACCCGAGGUCUCGCCAAAACCAUGGUUUUACGCAAUCAGUGGGCCGUAAUCCUUCUCUUUCUAAUCUUUCUCUAAAAGAGAUUUAAUAUAUUUUAAUGGAUGUUCUUCCUCCGUUAGCUUUCGGCACUCUUAACACUGAUCACAAAAAGAAAUGUUCAGAUGAAAGAUUCAACUAAAUUGGGUAGUUUUCAGGACGGGGUUUUGUAGAAUAACGGCUAAACUUUGUUUAGAUAAUUAGACCAUGAUGUCUGAAAACAUUUUGAAAGCUUAAUUUAUUACGUCUUUAACUGUUUCACCCAUGUAAUUUAUUUUAAAGGUUCUUCGCUUCAAUUUUCCGUCAGCUGGGUUUGUGAUAAAGGAAGCGUUCAUUCCAUCUUUCCAAGCCGUCAAGGUCCGAUUCUAUCUUACUGAAGCGAGAAUACAGUGCAUAAAAAUGGAACUUUAUUCCUACGAUACAGGUUUGUGUAUUAGAUUAAAAAAAAUGGAAAAAAAAACUCUUGAGCCAUUGAACUUUUCACAAAUAUGCACACUUUUAUUCAAUUUUCAUCUGAUCAAUAAUGUUAAAUUGGCCAGUAAUUUUAAAAGACUGAGAUAACUACAUAGACUAUCUGAGCUGGCUGUCUGAACUUAAAUUUGCAAUUGCACUAUCAACAAACAGGCCGAAAAUUCCUCUCUUUAAGGUUGCUUUCAGUCAGCUUAAGAGUAUAAGUCAAUUCUCAUUGUCCUGCCUUCUCUUAAAGGUUGCUCUCAGCCUCAUGGAGUUGAAAAUCGGACUGUAAUUCCAGAUGAACAACUAUCCGCAUCCUCAACCGAAGUUUCUGAUAAAUACAACAAAGAUUACUUUUGGCCAAACAAAGGUCGGCUUAACCACGAUGAGGAAGGGGCAAGUUCCUGGGGACCUUACAAGCAUCCAGUCCAUUUGUUUGAGGGAAUCUGGUUUCAGGUAACCAUCGUUGAUCAGUGUUCCUGAACAAAUGCAGGCCAAAUUAUUAAGUUGGUUUUUGCGAUCUUUGUUAAUCUUUAGUCAGUCUCGGGUUGGUCUGCUGUGAAAGGAGGUAAGGAAAGGUAAGUAGGAGGUUAGGGUGCUGGGAUGGAAGUUUUAUUCGUGAUAUAAAACUGAGAACAAUUCUUUCUUUCUCACGCGUCGCUGAUUAGGAAGGUAAAAUAAAGCUCCUUUAUUAACCUAAAAGCUUCGAUUGGAAGUUUAAGGGUGAUGUGGUUUUGUCAGGAUUUCAUGCAUUUGAGCUGAUUGUGAUACGUUUUAUUUACAAGGUCGAUUUAAAGGAAGAAACAGAAGUAACCUGUAUUGCCACCCAAGGAAGGCCAACAAACAUCCAAUGGCCAACGAAAUAUCAAAUUGCGUACAGUUCUGAAGGAAAUGACUGGAAGUAUUUUGAGUACAACAAUAAAGUCAAGGUAGCAUUUCCCCUUUUCACAUUUUUAUUUCCCAUCAGUUUCCCCGAGCAAGGAAUGGGGGACGGAAGUGUCAUGUGUUGGGGAACUGCUUCUCGUCCCCUGUCUACCAUCCCUGUUAGCUUUUUUUUCUUUGAAUGAUUCUUGAAUCUUUUGGAAAAAUGAGUUUAUUUUUGGAUAGCUAAGAUCUGAAACUGCAAAAAGGUUUAUUCCUAAAUAACUAUAAGGGCGACAUUUUCUAUCUUAGGAAUUUGAUGCAAAUUCAGAUCAACACAUGGCAGCUACAAACUGGUUAGUUCCAUCCAUAUAUGGAAGAUUUUUUCGAGUAUAUAUCACUCAGUGCAAUAUGGACUGCAGAUUGCGAAUGGAAUUGUAUGGUAGAAGAGAUUCGAGCAAUAGUAAGUCCUCCAAUAUAAUUUUCAAGCUUUCUGUACAUUCUUUAACAAAUAUAGCGCUAAACGAAGAAACAAGAAAGACAAUUUUUUAAUAUUUUUCACUAAUCAAGGUAGCCUUUUUUUCUUUCGACCUGGCCACUGUUAUGACGAUGUAUACUGGCGUGGGUUAUGUUUUUAUGUUAAUGUAGAUUAUGUUAAACUUUUCCAUCACUGGUGCUUUCCAUAAAUGUUUGCGAUUCAGAUGAAUGACGGUUAUACUAUAACGGAUUGCAUCAAAAACCUUAGAAUAAUCUCAACUUUAUCACUUACACCACGAAUUCUUAAGCAGAUAGCUGAUACAAGUCAUCAACUGCGUGAUUGCUGCUUCUGCCAUCUUACCAAUUCAAGAUCUUUUUUAAAAGAAUUAGAUGCAUCACAAAAAUGUUAGGAGACUGGAUGAGAGAAAUUGAUAAUUUUAUUAUGUAACUGACCCUCACUGGAAUAGCGAUGCUGUUGGUUGCUACCUAUGAGUUAUCGUAUGUUCUUUUGCCACAAUUUCCUUUUGAAGGCAUCUACUGGUUUAAGAAUGGCCUAUGUUUCAUCGUCCGACGUGGGCGAUACCACAUUUUAUUUGCCAAAGAAAAUUAUCGAUGGGAAAUACGCCAUCAAUUGGUUGUAAACCAAUGGUUCCAAGCCACUGUUACCUGGAAACCUCAAGAGGGUCUAAAAUUUUAUGUCAACGGCAACCUUGUAGCAUCACAUAAGAAUCCAAUGCAAAUGAGCGUUUCCCCUGACCAUGAACCGUUCAAGCUUCUCAUAGCUUCAAAGGAGAAUGGAGGUGGGUGGAGCAGAGUGACUUCCAUCGAUGAUGUCGCGGUUUGGGGAAUAGCGAUGAGCAAAGAGCAGAUUAAACGCAAUUCUGAAGGUUUGUUUACAGUUUUCACAACCGCAAGUUCUCAUUGAAACUAUUCCUUCCUUUUCAAAACUCUUAUUUGCCAAUUGUCAGGGAGACUAAUCCAGGACAAAUGCGCUAGUGUUAGCAGUUUGUCAAAGAAAACUUAAAGUUUUCUUACAGAUUGGUAUCCCAUUAGUCUCGUGCUACCUAGGAAGAGCAUAGAGCGCUUUUCGAUCGAGUUCCAUCAAACAAGAACUAAACAAAGUUAAAACAUGCACACUGUUUCGAGCGAGAAAAUGGAAAUGAAAAUGGCAUGAUCGGCUUUAGUUUUUUCUGCUAAAACCUACUAAGUAUGUUGAAUUAAAUAGCUGUCUUCUUGCUAUGCAAUCUACUUUUGAUACCGUAAUUCUACUGUUCCUAGUUCAUUUCGACUUUGACGAUAACUUUAGAGACUGGAAAUCUUUAAUAGAUGGCACCAGUGCCUGGACACUACAUCAAGGAUACACUAAAACGUCAGGUACUGGACCAUGCGACGAUGUUUCUAGAGGAGGUAACAUGAACACUUCCCUGUUUACUUUGUUUUUGCCUGUUUUUUGUUGCUGUUGUUGUCGGUUUUUGUUUCAGGUAAUUUCCAGCUUUACCUCCUUACAUUUUUCCACUCCUCCACUUAUACCCCGCCGUUUACGAUUGUGCUUCGUUUAACUAGCUUGGAACGGGCCACAUUUACCGUGCAUCGAAGCAUUGAAUGGCUUGCGUUGGGAGGGAUUUUAUCUUCCUGUAUGGCAAAAGCCAAACAGCAAGGGGAACAAAAUGUGAACGUAAGAAUUUUCUAUAAAGCCUCCAAACUGAUGCACAAAUUUAUCCUGACCCUCAGUUAACUUCAUUUUGUUUCAAACGGUCAAUACCAGGAUAGUCAGGGAGGCAACCUCUUGACCUUCACAGUUCAAGGGUAGCAGAAAAUGGGCUCACUUUCCUUACCAUGAAAAAUGUAAAAUUUGCAUGACAGAAUGUAGCAAAAACACAAGGACAGGUUUCGCUCGUUGUGGGAUGUCCCUUCAUGAGGAUCAUCGAUCAGUGUGUUUUAAAUUGAUCAGUGUGUUACAGCUGGUGUCUUUGUUUAUUUGUUGUCUAUAGGACGCUAUAUUUAUUUUGAUGCCUCGCAGUCUAAAGGAAAUGCCAGGUUUUCUACUCCCUACAGUAUCCACUCUCAUACGUGUCUGAAAUUUCGCUAUCAUAUGACUGGAAUGCAUACGGGGAGGUUAAAUGUUUAUGCGACAGAUAUCAGGGGUCACGAACAAUUGCUGUGGCGGCUCUUUGGAGAACAAGACAGUACUUGGAGAGAGGCCAGUAUCCCUUUCAACGAUAUUCAUCCACAAUAUCAGGUACAUUUUUAUGAUUAUUACAUCAUGAAAGUGUUAACCACUGACCAACUAGGUCUUAGCACCAUUUUGGCCAUUGCUUUAACCUGUUUAGAAAGCAGUUAAGAUAUUACACAUAUUCUCAAAUGCGGUUGAUAACGAGUGGCAGGACUUUCCCUGUUUACUAUUCGCCCUGACGGAGGGCUGACGCUCUAACGAUCCAAACGUCAGCUUUAGAAACAUUUUCCAGUGGCCGAAUUAUCUUGUUUUGUCUAGCCUCACUGAAACACAAGGGGUGUAGAGAGAAUUCGAGAAAGUUCUGCUAACUCAGAAUUGCCCAUUGAGUUCGCAAAAUUGUCCAGAAGUCUUCCAAAUUUUUUGAGUCUAACAUGAGCCGACCUGAAUAUAAAUGUUUCAACAAGUGCGUAUAUUUCGUGUUAGGUCACUUUUGAAGCGGUUGGUCGUCCAGAUUACUCAGGAGAUUUAGCACUAGAUCAGAUUGCGUUUACCAGAGAGUCGUGUGUCUUCUCGCCUUUUUCAGCAGCGCCCCAGAAUUCUUAUCGCUCAGGAGUGGGUGAGUCACGUGUUGCUCUAUUCUCACUGCAUUUCUGCUGUUGGCAUCGUCUUAGUGAGAUUAUUUUUCGGGAACGAAGAACUUAGUAAAAGUUGACUUUUUCCUAACAAGUGGUAGCUCAGUUAAUAGUGGCGCUCGAGUAUUAUCUUUAAGACUUGGUUCGAAUCCCUCAAAGCCUGAAUUUCCUCACGCUUUUCUCUUGCAACUCCUUUUGCCGCUGCUCUUCACUAAGGUCACAACUAAUCCUCUCUUCGUUUUUCUGUUCCAUGGAAAAAUUCAAGAUAUUUUGUCAUGUGAGAGUCAGCCUUCUAUACUAUAACUUCUUUUCCAAAGCGAACCUGCUGAAGCCCUGAAAUUGUACACAGGCUUGUCAUAAAAAUAGCAUUAUGGCCAUUAAAUAUCGUGGCGUCUUUAACUGUUCUCGUGUCUUCAUUUUUCGUAGUUAUCACCUCCUCUAUAGUUUCAAUGGACACUAUUUACAAUGAGUAUCUUGGUUUGAUGAUGAAAGAAGAAGGUUAUGGCUCUUCCCGUUGGAUUCCUUGUUAUCGCGCUCUCGAUAAUGGCUGGAACGUUUCUACCUUUCACAGGCUCUGUGACGAUAAAGGUCCUACCAUGACCAUAAUCAGAAAAAAUGAUAACGUAUUUGGGGGCUUUACUGAACGACGAUGGAGAGAAGGUACUUCUUGGAAAUUUUUUUUUUCGGAUGGUCCUCUUUUAAAAUAGCAAUUGUUGAAUCAUUUAUUAGAACCAUUAAAAAUACACCAAAAAAAAAAAGCACCCAAAAAAGCUAGUGUAGCUUAAAACGCCGUAUGAGACCAUUUAACCUAUAAUCACAAGUUGACAGGAGACCACUGGGUUGUCAGCCUGUGCCCUCACUGCCAGAACUACUCCCAUUUCCAUUUCCAGGAGGAAAUUAUGAGCAUUGUUAUUCUUCUUGGAUGGGAUGCAAGGCCUGGGUAACCUCCCAGCAUUUAUCCACUCCUUGAUGGAGAGAUACAGGGAGGGAAUAAACUGUCUCACCUAAGACCACAGCUAAAUGGCUGUUAAAUGACCGCCAUUUAACUCUCGCGUUGCAAUGUUGUACUCUGUUAUUGUGGUGUCAUUGUAACAAAGCAUGUUUACUUUAUGAAUUUUCAGGCCAGGACAAUGACCACUCCAGUUACGAUCUCCAUUUUUGGCGCCAAAUCUUUACGGAAGGAGUCAAAUCCGUUAUACCUCUAACGUCAUUGUCAAACUCUAGCUUCACAGCCUCCAUGUGGAUUAAAACCUCAGUUAGGUUACCAUUAAGAGUGUUCGCUAUUAACAGAAAAAACAACAGCUUGCUUUUAAAACUGGAAUCUGCUGGCUUAUUGACUCUUUGUUUGAUUGGUCUCUCUUUUGGAUGCACGUAAGUUGAAAUUCGCUCAUUGUUUUGUUCAAAACUAAAGUAAGAUCAGAUGAGUGGCGCAGUAGCUAACGACAUGAAAAGACGGCUAUGAAAGAAACUGGACUUACUGUUUGUUAGUUGUUGUUUGUUUUCAGAUAACAUGACAAGGUGGAUUGUCCGAGUUGGAGCAGCGACAGGGUCAUAUUGAGUCGUAGCUCUUGAGCUUGAGACAUCACUCUCCCAAUGAUUUGCUACACCCAAGAGUAUUAAUAGGUACCAGCGAGUUGCCAGGGAAACCCAGCUAAAUGUCGUUUAGUUGUGGUCUAACAACAGGGAAGGGAAAGUAGAAAUAUUUCUGGCGUCUGUAUGUAUGCAAACCGGGAUAAACGGCGACAGCUACGUAUGUUGCUGAUUUUUGCCGAAAAAAACUUUUAGCUCUUCUCUAAGUAAAGAAGUCUCAGUAUACGUCAAUUAUAUGCCACAAUUUCUACGUUACGCGGGCGUGCAAUACGGUUUUUUUGCUUUUUUUUUUCUUUUCACAUGAAGCCUUGCGUUUGACUUGCAUCUAUCUCAUUUUUCACUCCUUUUUUGCAGUACCAACAAAGGCAGCAUCCCCCGUGUGCUUAACGAUGGCUCUUGGCAUCAUAUUACGGUUGUGUGGCAUGGCAGUUCAAAAUCGUGGACGUUAUUCUCAGAUGGUGUGAACCGAGGUAGACAAACUGAAAACAAUUGGAACGAAUCAUUUGUGUUAAGCUCGGCUACUCUAUUUAUAGGAGGGAAGCCGAGAAACGAUGCAUCCAAGUUAUUUUCUGGUAGAAUUACUCAGUUUAACAUGUGGGACCAUGAGUUGGAGGAGGAAAAAAUCACAAUGUUAGCGCGCGGUCGUUUAAGUGAACCGGGGAAUAUGAUCCAGUGGAGCAACCUUAGGAGUAAAAUUCAGGGAGAGCCGAGGAUUGUGGAGCCGUCUUCGUGUACGUAUCCAUGAUCCUAUGAGUACCUUGUGCUGUUAACUAGUGAAAUUGUGCCCCUUUGUUAUUUCUCAUAAACAGCCAUGUCUACCCGCUACAACUUCAGGAUGAUCCAUUUUUACCCUAAAAGAUAUCACAUUCAAUAUUGUUCCCUCGAGAAGCUUCUACCAAUAGAUAAAUUGAACUAAUCAGCCACUAUCCUUAAUCCUUUCAUUAAAAUUGUUGGUUCCCUAUGACAGUAAUCCCUGUAUUAUUUAAGAUUUUUCUCCCCUAAACAUGGAAUUCCUUCGGGUCAAAAAGAUCAAUUAGCGUAACAGUAAACGGCCUUUCCCCAUAAACCCAUAUGGCGCAAUGUUCACGCCUUUGCAAGCCAGCAAAAGUCGGACAGCUGUAAGGUUAAGGUACAUAUCAAUCUCCGUGUACAGGUUCGUCCUCGAACUACAGAACGGACACCAAAGCGUUCAUCUUCUUAUUAAACUAUACAUCUGAUGGGACCCUCUUCAAAAAAAAAGUAAGCGAAGAAUCAUCGGCUUUUGCAACCUACAGCUCACCGUUCACUGGUCCAACCUUCGGAGAGUCUCCGUUUGAUUUUCAGAUAGGAAUCGAUGGCGACAUGAAGCAAGGGACGAGUCAAUACCCUGUUUCUUACAAAGGAGAUGGAAACUUUAAAGGAUCCAAACUGGAAACUCUGCUUGCUGGGGCGUCAAAUUUUAAUGUUAACGAUGUGGAGGUGUUAUUUAGAGCUCAGGGAGGUAGGGUUUCUGAUGGGCUUUGAUUCCGUCUUUUAAACUGCUAAUGAUUGAUCAUGACAUAGUUAUAUAGGGAGCACAUGCGUACGAAGAGUCCUUCGCCGGAGCCGACAUGUAAUCUGGAGGCAGACUGGGUUUAAUACAUGGUCAGUUUGUUCUACAAUGCCCCGAUUUAAGAAUUUUAUUCCUUGUUUUUCUCCAUGGGUUCAAGCUAACAGCAUGUUUUCUUGAGCUACCCGCAUUUCAAAGUUUCCUUCAACAUUGCAUUGCGCACUUUUUCGUCCAAUAAAAGGGAAAUAUUUUUCUUAUUAAGUUAGACGUGUAAAUCAAGUGAGGCCAGGUAUGCUGCGAUAAUUUAGUUUACCGAGCUUUCGCCAAUCUACGGCAUCAUCAGGGAAUGUACAUGGAAGUGAAGUAUAUCGGGCGAGGUGUAAGGCUAGAUAAUAGGGGUUCAGCAGUCAACGGGACAGGACAAUGGCAGUUGUAUGUAGAAAGGAUAGAUAAAAGUAAGAUUUUAACGAGUUCGUCAAGAUAAGAGAAAUAUUGCCUCUUUGGUCACGAACAUGAGACAACGUUAACGAGGUUGUACUUUCUAGUAAUUAAUUAUUCACGUAGUUUUUCAUCAUUUUUCUUAAAGCGUCCCUGUGCUCUGAUUAUUGUCCAUUUUACCAUUAUUGUGACGAAAUAACAGGCAUUUGCCGGUGUGCAAACAAGGAUCCUGAAUUAUGUCAACUCGGUAAGUAAUUGAGGGAAAGUGAGUGGAAUUAGAAAUAUUUAUCGUAUUCACAGUUUUACUUGUCAGAACUUUUUGGAUUUUUUGUUUUGGUGUUUUGGCUUUUCAAUAUGUCGAGGUGAGAAACGUUUGUUUACUUGCAUAUAAUAGAACUGAAAUUAGUGAAGAUGACAGUGAUUAUUAUAGUUAUAAACACUACUUGUGAAAAAGAAUCCAGUCUCGCAUUGCGUUGCCGUUGUUGUCAUUCGGAUAAUCAUGCAUUAUGCCUCUCUUUGUAAGGGAGCGUGGUUUUUGUUCACAAAUUUUGGACAAAUUUGUAAAACAAACGAUUUGUCAUCCGUAAUUGAUCAUUAGUGAUAGAGCAAGCGCUCGUCGUUGAUCAGAGGCAAAAAAAGUCAAAUGGAAAUAGUGCAUGAGAUCCUUAAACUACAACAAACCAUAUACCCUGCAUCUGAAAAUAAACUUAGAGGUAAUAUUUCGAAGGUUUAAUGUCAUGUGGGGUGUUGUUACCAUCAUCUUUAUCCUUUCUUUAUAUCGUUGCUGAACUGGUUUGUAUUCAAUUUAUCUUAACGUUUUAGUAAAUUUUUACGAGGACUCUUCCCAUUUGUGGUUGCUUGAAUCAGUGGAAGAUAUCAAAGACCUCCGCACGCUUGGCAGGGGGCAAAGCAAGGGAGGAGUUAGUUUCUCUGGCGAUGGCUUGGUGACAGAUGGAGUCAACGGUGAGGUACUACUGAACCAUGAGGGAGACACUUGCGCAACAAAGUCUGCUUAUUCCAAUUGUGAUGAUCUUGGUUUCACCGUCUCGUUGUCAUUAAAGCCUUGGUACAAAACCGACGCAGCGCGACAGACUUUUUUCAAAUCCCGCGGCAAGUUCGUUGUUUAUCAGGAAAGAGGGAAGAAAUCCUUGAUUAUCCGUGUGCAGGGUAGAGCUCAGUAUUGUCUGAAAGAAAUAGUGAUGCCUGAAAAAAUCUGGUCUCAUUUGGCUUUCACGUACAAACCAUCUGGGACAAAAACACUUACAAUUUAUAGGAACGGGAAAAGAAUCGAUGAAUUUGUCAGAGAUGAAGGUUGUGAAGUGGACGGGGAGCCAGAGUUUCCUUCGUCCAAUAUGUCCUUGGGCUCUGAAGGGGGAGUGUUCGCCAAGGCUCAUUAUUUUCUCAUUGCCAUUUGGAGACAGGUUUUGUCAGAGGAAAGAAUAGCACAGAUUUAUCGCAGCAUCCAAGGUGAGAGGGUCUGUUUCUACCCCAAUAAAUACUCUAUUUUAUUUUUGAUAUUUCUUUAUAAUUUGUUUCUUUGUUUUAUCUUGUUGCUCUCGAAGAAUGCUGAUUUUUUGUUUCGAAAUAAUAUGAAAUACUAUGAAUAUUAAUGGUCACAAGUGCUUGUCAUGCGAGUAAUCUGAUAAUAAUUUUUUUACCUGAAAGCACCUGUGAUCGGCAGUGGUAGCCGUGAUCGUAUAGUGGUUAGUACAUUGCGUUGUGGCCGCAAUAACCCAGGUUCGAAUCCUGGUCACGGCACUUCUUGUUUUAAUAUGAUUAUUAUUUUCUGGUCUUUGUUUUCUAUUAGUUUUUUUUUCAUAUAUUUCAAGCUGCAGUUAUGUCUUCUUUCGUUUUGAUUUUUGAUGUCAUGUUUCUUAGUUCUGUCUUCGGUCUUUUCCAUCUUUCUCCCCUGUACUGCUUUUAAUUUUCGCUUGUGACAUUGCAUCGAAAAUGAGAAAACCAUGAAAAAAUUAAAAGUUUAUUUUCCUCUUCUUUUCCUAAUUUCAUUUUGAUUUAUGUAAAUCUUUGUGCAGAAAAAAACCAUUAAAUAGCAUAACAAGGAAACAUUCCUUUUUAUUUUAUAUUUGACUCUCUCUUUCUUAGCCCUGUGAUACUUCCUUUUUGGCCUACAUUGUGGCUUUGGUGAACUACAGUCCUUUCAUAAUAAACCCUUUAAUCACAGGAAUCACAGGACUAUUUCGAAUAAAAGAAAAUCAAUAGUAUUCUGAAUAAAAAAAAAGAAAAAAAGAAAGAAAUAACAUAACGAUCAUAUGCUAUCUAAAUCAUUACCUUGUAUGGAUCUAUAGAGGAAACAUACUUUUUAAGUUCCUUACAUUUGUGGAAUGAGGCAGUUGGGACGAGAAUUUGCCACCUCUAUUCUGUCAGCUCGAAGUUUUCAUUUUAGUAAACCAAAACAUGGAAAUGAAUUCUUCCCUAUCUAGCCAAUGCCCAUUAUUAGAUUCCUAACCCAAAUUUCAUCGCAGGUUUGGUUCCACUACGUUGCCGAGUUGUGGCUCGAAUAAAAAAUCAGACUUGGAAUGGAGAUCUUACCUCAUCAGAAACGGAUCCAUACAGAUCAAUGAAAAAUUACAUCAUAAGCAAUGUAAGUUGAACUAAAAACCGCCCCAUUCUAAAUGAAAGAGUCAAGCAUAGUACCUCAUGAAAGUGUUAUUACUUAGCUACAAUUUUUAUGGUUAUCUACUCGCGUUUAUCCAAAGAAUUUAAAGCUAAUACCAUCUUACACAUGCCGCUUAGAAAACAUUACGUCAUGCAUAAAAGUGCUACGCAGUAGCUUUCAUUUGAAUCGUCACACAAAGCACAGUUUUCCUUUAAUUCUAUUUAAUUCCCUACCUUAUUUGUUCUUAGGUCACCAGGUUUUAUGAGGGAGUCCGGGUUGCUGUUGACGUAAACGAAUUCAGGUUCGUAAGGCUUCUCUACACACAAGUGUGCAUGCUAUUUACUUAUUUGAAGAGGUACUUCUUUAAAUUUUGGCUAAUAGGAGGAGUCUGCCGACUAGGAUAGGGUAAACAGGAUUAAUGCUGUACUCAAGCCAAGUGGCCGCCCAGGUUUCCCUCGCAUGAAGCGGCUACUUGGAGCACUACUCCCCCUUGGUUGGGAUGCUUGUCCAAAUUUUGGCGAAUAGAAGGGGUCUGCCGGCUAGGAUACGGGCGGUGCUUAACCCAGGAUCUACGGUAUUUGUAUUUAUGUGCUUUUGCAGUUUUCUGUCUUCCUUCUUGUCACUAAAGACUUUUACUUUUAUUUUCCAUGUAGGAACGGUAGCGUGAUUGCAGAUUUCACUAUCGUUUAUAACGUUAGCGACUACAGAUGGAUUGAAAAACUUAAACAGAGCAUAUCAUCCACGGGUCUUCUGUAUAACAUGCCUUUGGAGCUGGAAGAACUUACAGCUGAAAACGGUUAACAGUUACAUUAGUGAACUCUAAAUUCCGGUCAAAUUUUACUUUAGAGCUAGGAAGUCUAAGUGUGUUUAUGUUUUAACACCUCGGGGCUAACUUGCUCUAUUUGCCGCCUCUUAUGUUACGACGCAUAGCUUACAUUAAUAUACAUUUUGCGGCAUUUUAAAAUUACAACUAAUGAAAGUGCUCCAACAGACAAAAAUAAAAAGUAAAGAGAUGACAACAGGCCAUUGAGGAUUAAAAAUAACAACUUAUUGGACCAAGAAAAUGCGACCAAAUUGCUAGCUUUCCGUUGGCUUUAAUAGUGCAUCCGAGGGGAUGAGAUGGUAGAUCGAGUGUUUUUGACCAAUCCAAGAGCAGUUGAGAGAAACCGAUGCAACACCAGCAACAAUAGAAUAAAAAUAGUUCAAGUAACUGCAAUUUAAAGUAAUUUAACUCCGAAAGCGAUAGUUUGAUGCAGAACAUUAUAUCCUUUAGUCAAGACGAUAUCACUUAUAAAUCAUUUUUCGAAAGCAUGAAAGAAGUGGAUAUUGCAAAGAAGAGUGUUCUAAAACUUUUGACUUGGAUUACGCUGACUUUUUUCAUGGAAAGUCCAAUUAGGACACGGCACUCAAUUCAACGUGGCAGAAAUGUGAAGAAAUUAUAAUCAGCGGUAUCAUUAACUAUACAUUUUCUUCCUUCAGUUCCAGAAGUUGCCCCUACGAAUGUAAGCGUGUUUCUUGUGGAAGAUACAAGCAUUUACAUCAGAUGGGACAAUCUUAGCCUACCCCCGAGUAUUUCCGCCAUAUUUCAGGGCUAUAAGGUUUUCAUCAGACCAGCGGGAAGUGCAGACGUCAUAGUUACCACUGUAAAUGACCUCGUUAACUUCGUUACCAUAGAAGGACUAGAACCAUUGGUAACGUAUAACCUGACUGUGGCUGGAUACACACAGAGUGGAGUUGGGAGGGAAAGCGAGAGUCUCUCUGUAACCACCACUUUA